GAGUGGUCCUGGUCCUCACCAGUGAGGGCCAGGAUUCUCUCCUCAUAACAGCUGAGGAGACCAAUAUCUAUGGGUGUGAGGUCACAGACAGAAGAUAGUGGCACUUCCCCUGUUGGAGCUGAGAAGGCCACUGACCUUCUUCCCUCACAGCCGGGCCUUUUGCCAGACCUUGGAAACUACACUGACAUGGAUUGCAUCCUUAGACCAGAUUGACAGGGUCUCCUCAACUAGACCUGGGGGAAAAGGACUGCCUGACCCAGUCCACCAGAUCCCUGUCCAGAAAGCAGGACACGAAUAUCACCAUGUCUGCCAAAUCAGGGGCAAACUUCGCAGGGCAGCUUCAGACGAUCAGUGCUUGACCAGGUGUGAAACAAUUUACAAACAUGAAAUUGAUGCUCGACAUUCUGCGAUAUCAUUGCAUUGGUGAGUACUUCUACUUACGGUGAGUAGGAACGUUGGGUUAACAUCUAAUGAGUAGGCGCUGUAGGGCACAUACAGGGUAAAAUGCAACAAAAAUUACACUCGACAGAUAUCUGGUAAGAUUCAGCUCAAUAUUUCUUUCUUAAGCGCCGCGCCAAACACAGGUUAACGGCUCAUUUAUCAUCUUUGUAUUUGUCGGACUUUUGCAUUUACUCAUUGCAAGCAGGAGAUUGCUGUUAAUUGUCUUUAUAAUUAUUUGUAUUUAUAAUUGAUGUAGAUUUAACAGGAUACAGAGUCAGUUUUACCAUUAGACUAAAAAUGUGUUUUUUUUUUAAGUAGAGGGACAGAUUUGAUUUGAUCAUUAUAAUCAUUAUUCAUCUUCUAACAAUUACACCUACAUUAAUAAUAUGAAAUGAUUGUACAUUAAUAGCACUUCUUCACAUUUUAAAGAAAAGCCUGCCUGGGGACAACUAUAAGAGUUCUAUGUUGUUGACCAUACAUUUUUGCCAUGUUACUAAGGUGAAUGAGAAGAUUGAUUUUCAGGGUUUUUAUUUUCUGCGUUGCAUGUUUGUAUUGGUUCCAGAUGUUUAUUUGGGAAGGCAAUGAUUGUCAAGUUCUUACAAUAAUAACAAUGAUACUUGCAUUUAGAUAGCAUCUUUAGCAGUGUGAAGUAUCGCAGGGACUUCACAGGAACCUUAUUAAACUCAAGAACAAGAACAGGCCAAAGAGAUAGACUUCAGGGAGUAUCUUAAAGGAAGAAAGAGGGGGAGAGAUUGGACCUCGGCAUCUAAAGGUGCAAAACCAAUAGUGGAGCAGUUAAAAGCCAGCAUGUCAAAGAGGAUAUCUCAGAGGGUGAUGGGAUUCAUGUAAGAUACUGAUUGAAAACUUACAGCAUGUAAACAUUACACACUGUCUUUCUAUUGACUAGCUUCUCACAAUGGAUACACGGAAACUAAUUCCAGAACGAAAAGGAGUUUCCCAUAUCCAUUCAAAGGAGAACCCUCGGGCUGAAAUUAUCCGAGCAAAACUCAUUCAAGAUUUUAACCUGUUGGAUCAUUUACAAGGAUUGGUCAUCAAUAAUCCCAAAUAUAACAUGAAUGAUGUUAAAGAUCCAAAGGUGCUGAGCAAGUUGAUGAUCGAAGAUCCUCUGCAAUUGGUGCGCUUUGAUUUUAAUCCAAUUCGGAACACAAAUGUCUCCUCAAACUACAGACAGAGAAACUGUCUUCAGAAUCGUUAUGUCAAGUAUCCACCUCUCAACAUGUGGGCACAAUGGAUUCUGGAGAGUUCAUUUUUCAGAAAUCUUAUUCUGUAUCUCAUAAUCCUCAACAUUAUUGUAUUUGGUGUUUUAGUAGAUGUUGCUGACAAACCAGGACCAAAGUUCCAUGCCAUAAAAAUUAUGUUAGUGAUCAUUGACUGGUGCAUUCUUUCAGUUUUGACAUGUGAAAUCAUUCUCAGGUGGCUUUAUGAUUUUGUAAAUUUUUGGAAAAGUGGCUGGAACGUGUUUGAUCUGACUGUCCUAAUUAUGUCUCUAGUUCCAGAGGUUGUUAAAGGAACUCAGCUCAAAACCAGCAUCAAACUACACUUCUUGAAAGUUAUUCGAAUCUUCAGAGCUUUACGUUCUUUGAAAAUGAUGAGAAGAUUUCAUCAAGUGCGGUUGAUUUUAUUGGCUAUAACAAAAGCAUUUAAGACAAUAACAUUCAUCCUGCUGUUGGUGUUGAUAUUUGCUCACAUGUUUGCAGUGGUUGGAGUGUCACUUUUUCGUAGUUACACUGAAUCUGACAAACCAGGACUGUAUUACCAUGCAUCUUUUAGGAGUAUCCUGCUUACAUUUCAGACCCUCUUCCAGUUAUUUACCUUGGACCAUUGGUAUGCUCUGCUCACCGACAUAUGGCAGGUUGAUGAAGUUGAUGUAAUAGCAAGUGGGAUUUAUAUAAUGCUCUGGAUCCUGAUCGGUUCCUUCAUAUUCAGAAAUAUAAUUGUCGGGAUAAUGGUGAGCAAUUUUCAGUCUAUAAGGAAAGAUCUAUCAACACAAAUUAAGCGACUUGAAGCCCAACGAAGAGCAGACCAUUUUAAACUACAGAUGAUGCAGAGGAGACUGAGCCCAGAAAUUAGUAUAAAAGAUGUUCUGAACAAAGGAGAAAGACGAUCAGAAUCUGACAUAACUCAUGUGAGUGAAAUGGAUUUUAAAUCAAGCAGCCAUGCGAGUCAUUCAAGUGAUCUGUCUUACAAAGCUGGUAAAGGACUUCUCUAUGCAAGUGCAGAAGAUGAACUACCUCCUCCCUUCCCACCAUUCGGGGUGACAAUUGUUCUACUUCAUUAUAGAUGCAUGUUUUUCAAUUUAGUAUCCUGGAUUUGCUGUCCAUAAUGUAGUCUCUUGUACACUGAGGAGAACAAAUACAGACUGGGUAAUCACUUUACAGAAAUCUCUAUUCAAUCACAGGCAUGGCCCCAAGUUUGAGGUUGCCUAUUAAUUUAAUUCUCUUCUCCACUCCCUCACCUCUCUGUUGUUCUCCUAUACUGAUCUAACAAAACUUGAUAGAAGGUCAAGAAACAAUGGUAACUCACAUUUAUCUGACUCCUUUAACAUAACAAGCUGUCUUAAGGUGCUUUAUGUUAAAUUUUAAAAUAUCAAGCUCAGUACUGCACAGAAUACUCCAGGUACAAUCUCACUAAUACCCUGUGUAACUGAAGCAUAACCUCCUUACUCUUGCAUUCAAAUUCCUCUUGCAAUAAAGCAUUACAUUCUAUUUGCGUAACUACUAAAAUAAAACAACGAUGCUGGAAAUCUAAAACAAGAACAGAAAUUGCUGGAGAAAUACAGCAGUUCUGGCAGCAUUUGUAGAGAGAAAGCAAUUUACAUUUCAAGUUCAGUUCUGAAGUUCACUAUGGUACUGACUGCAGGAUACUGGUCAAAGUGUGCCUCACUAUGGUGCUGACUGCAGGACAUUCUUCCCAGACUGCCUCACUGUGAUGCGCAGAAAGAGAUAUUCAUUUAGAUAAUCAAAAAAUUGCUCAAAGAGUUGAAUUCAAAGGAGGAGAACUGAGAGUAGGUAUUGCAGAAUAAAAGCCAAUGCAGAUGAAAUUAUGGCCACUAAUUGGGGAUAGAUUAACAAAGUGUAGACAUCACGGAAGGGGCUGGAGAGUAUUGUGGUGAGGAACGAGGUCAUGACGAGAUCUGAAAACUAUUACAAUCCCUGUAGAAUUAAUAAUUCAUGAAAAUAUAUUUUAUUUCUCAGUUAACAAACUUUUUAAAAAUGGUACAAGAUUUCAAGCUUUAAGAAAUUUACUGUAAUAAGCAGACUAAAAAGAAUCGACAAACAUUACUGAGUAGGCAACUAGUACUCAUUGCACUUUUACCUUUUCUCUUAUUCUCUGUGUCUUUCACUUUCUGUUCAAACCCUCAGGCAGAAAGCCUAUCCACAACUACCAGUUUUAGUUUGGUUUCGGUUCAGGUGUAAACAUUGUGUAUUUUACUCUCAAUGAGUCUCCUGCUUCCUCAGUCACCUCCCCCGAUAUACCCAUAUUAGCCAAUGGUCAGAGGCUUGUGGGUAGACAGAACUCAUAACACAUCAAGUGAUUAAGAGGUUGCUUGGCUAGGAGCCAGAAUGGGUCAGUGAGCAUAGGGGUGAUCAGGGAAUAGGGCUCAUUGUGAGUUGAGUCUCAGACAGUAGAAUUUUGGAUCACCUCAGAUUUACAGAGGGUAGAACGUGGGAAGCCAGCAAGAAGUAGAUUGAUUUAGUCAAGUCUACAGGUGUGAAUGCAUACAAGACAGUUCCGGCAGCAGAUGUUGGUUGAUGUUUCAGGGAUAAAAGUGGGGGUUUAUCUCAUGGUACCCAACAGCCUCGCAUUUUCCAAGAGUAUCCUGCACUUCAGACCCAUAUCUCAGGCUGUCUCCUGCAUGUCCAAUAACUUUGUGCUUUGUUUUUUAUGUGCAGAUGUCUUUGUGCAUGAGCUUCCUUGCUUGUGAGCUGCUGUGACAGAAUUGGCAAUACCCUUACUUUUCCCACUUCUGACAUAAGAACACUGACUUGUAAUAUUAGUAAAGUUCCCCUCUCCUAAGAUAUUGACUAAGCUUCUGAUUGCAGUAUUUUUGCUUUUAUUUCAGAUUUCCCCAGUAUUUUAUUUCUGUAUUAAAUUAACUAAAAAAUU